UUUCCUCUUUUGUUUCAUCAACACUGCAAAAAGUUUAAAAAUUCAAUCUUUCUUAUUUUGAAUAGAGCGGUUUUCCAUCUUAUGGUAAAUGGAAAACCGCUCUUUCAAUAUUUACUCUCUCUGUUGAUUCUGUUAAUAUUUCUUUGUUUGCUAUGAAGAAAUCUAUUCUUUUUAUUUCUUGUAAAUUGUUUGGUAGUUCCUCGUCUUUCGUUUUAUGAUAAAUUUAUUCAGAAUUUGAAAAAGUUGUGAUCUUUACUCCAGAUUGUUGAUUUUUGUUUUGACACUAAAAAAAAAAAUCAAGAUUGGUGUCAUUUGAUCUUUGAGUGUGUGUACACUAUGGCUGAAUAUUCAAAAUGUUCAUGCCUUAAGCCUACUAAGUGGUUGAAAGGAAAAGUGAUUGGAUCAGGAUCAUUUGGGAGUGUUCAUUUGGCAAUGGACAAGGCGACCGGAGGAUUUUUCGUGUUGAAAUCUACAGAGUCAGAGGCAGGAUUUAAGUGUCUUGAGAAUGAAAUUGAAAUUCUUGAGGAUUUGGAUUCACCACAUAUUGUUAAAUUCAUAGGUAAAGAUUUGUCUUUUGAAGCAAAUGGUAAGAGAAAGUUGAGUCUUUUUCUUGAAUUUAUGACAGGAGGAAGUUUAGCUGAUGUAGCAGAGAAAUUUGGAGGUUCAUUAGAUGAAGAAGUUAUUUGUUUAUACACAAAAGGGAUAUUAAAAGGUUUGAAAUAUCUUCAUGACAAUGGAAUAGUGCAUUGUGAUGUUAAGUGUAAGAAUAUAUUGUUAGGUAGUAGUGGAGAAAUCAAGUUAGCAGAUUUGGGAUGUGCAAAAAGAAUCAAAGACUAUCAUCAUAAGGUAAAAAAAUGUAACACAAAGUCUCUAUCAAAGUCUACUGGUGGCACACCUUUAUGGAUGGCACCAGAGAUUUUGAGGAAUGAAGAGUUAGAUUUUGCUGCUGAUAUAUGGUCAUUAGGUUGCACAAUCAUCGAAAUGGCGACGGGGAAAACACCAUGGGGAGGUGAUAUAUGUACAAAUCCCCUGGCUGCAGUGAUGAAAAUUGCUUGUACUAAUGAAAUGCCACAAUUUCCAUCAAAUUUUUCUGAUGUUGGUUUGGAUUUCUUGGCUAAAUGUUUGGAAAGGGAUAGUAAAAAGAGGUGGAAAGUUGAACAAUUGCUUCAUCAUCCAUUUGUUUCAAAGGGUAAUUCAGUUAAAAACAACAAUUUUAAAGUUGCUAGUACACCUGCUAGUGUUUUAGACGGUGGAAUUUUCUCCGAGAUGGAUUUCUCAGAUGAUCAAUCAUCAAGUGAUGAUGAAGAUGAAUAUACGAGUGGAAAUGCAUUGCGCGAUCGCGGGUUUUGGAACUCAACAAGAGGAGGGAAAAUGGACUUGGAAUUAUCAGAAAGUUGGAUCAAUGUGAGGAAUUACUUGUAAAAUUUCCAAGAAAAUCAUGUUUUUUUUUUUUUGAGGAAGUUGUAAAUAGACUAGGUGAAUUUUCUCUCUUUAAUAUAUAAGUAGGCUACUUAGGGAUGUGAAUUAUUGUACUUUAUGUUGAAUAACUUUACUUCUUGUUUUAAAUCAGUGAGUAAAUGAUUUGCAUACUGAGUGUUAGACUAUU